GGGCGCGCCCCUGAGAAGGGUCCGGACCGCGCACACGUGCGCCGCGCCCUAGGGGCCGACUGGCACCUCCCGCGGGGCGGGGCGGUCCGUUUCUCUUUGACACCGCCUUCCUGCCCCUCCCCUCGCGAUUCCCGGCGGAGCCACUGCUGAAGCGGCUGCGGCGGCCGGGAAGGGGACUGCGAGUUGGCCCGCGCGACACGCGCCGGCCCCGACCCAAUGCAGUGACUCGUGCGGCUCAGCAGCCUCGUCCCCCGCCGGCGGGGUACGGGCUUUCUGCGGCGGGAUGUUCUCUCGAAGGAGCCAUGGAGACGUGAAGAAGUCCACCCAGAAGGUGUUGGACCCCAAGAAGGACGUGCUGACACGCCUGAAGCACCUGCGGGCGCUGCUGGAUAAUGUGGAUGCAAGUGAACUUAAGCAGUUUUUUGAGACCAACUAUUCUCAGAUAUAUUUCAUCUUCUAUGAAAAUUUUAUAGCACUGGAAAAUAGUUUGAAAUUAAAAGGGAAUAACAAGUCACAAAGGGAGGAGCUGGACUCUAUCCUCUUUAUUUUUGAAAAAAUACUGCAGUUUCUACCUGAACGAAUUUUCUUUCGAUGGCAUUACCAGAGCAUAGGCUCAACUUUAAAGAAGCUUCUACACACUGGAAAUUCUAUUAAGAUAAGAUGUGAAGGAAUCAGGCUGUUUCUUCUGUGGCUUCAGGCACUUCAGACAAACUGUGCAGAAGAGCAGGUGCUGAUUUUUGCUUGCCUUGUGCCUGGUUUCCCAGCAAUUGUUUCCUCCAGAGGGCCCUGUACACUGGAGACGCUCAUCAGUCCGAGCCCUAGUGUAGCUGAUGCAAAGAUAUAUCCAGAAGAAAUCAGUCCACUCCUGCCAGCCAUAUCGGGGGAAAAGAUCGCUGAGGACCAAACAUGCUUUUUUCUUCAAAUACUGUUGAAAUAUAUGGUCAUUCAGGCUGCAAGCUUGGAAUGGAAGAAUCAGGAGAAUCAAGAUACUGGUUUUAAAUUUCUUUUUACGUUGUUUCGAAAGUAUUAUCUUCCUCAUUUAUUUCCAUCAUUUACUAAGUUAACAAACAUCUACAAACCUGUACUUGACAUCCCCCAUUUAAGACCAAAGCCAGUGUAUAUUACUACAACUCGAGACAAUGAAAACAUUUACAGUACAAAAAUUCCAUUCAUGGCAGCUCGUGUUGUUUUUAUUAAGUGGAUUGUAACUUUCUUUUUGGAAAAAAAGUAUUUAACUACAACACAAAACACUAAAAAUGGAGUUGAUGUAUUGCCUAAAAUCAUGCAGACUGUUGGCGGUGGUACAUCACAAGAGAGAGUGCCGGAGCUGGAGGGUGGCGGGCCUGUAGAGGCAGAUAAAAACCAUUCUAACAGCAGCACCUUGUCCGACCGGAGACUCAGCAGCUCUAGCCUUUGUAGCAUUGAAGAAGAGCACAGAACUGUGUAUGAAAUGGUGCAGCGGAUCCUCUUGUCGACGCGCGGUUAUGUCAAUUUUGUGAAUGAAGUAUUUCGUCAGGCAUUUUUGUUGCCUUCCUGUGACAUAGCUGUAACAAGGAAAGUAGUUCAAGUAUACAGAAAGUGGAUCCUCCAGGACAAACCUGUGUUCAUGGAAGAACCAGAUAAAAAAGAAGUUGCCCAAGAAGAUGCUGAAAAAUUAGGAUUUUCAGAGACUGACUUCAAGGAGACUGCAUCUGAAAGUUCUGGUCAUAAACGAUCGUCCAGUUGGGGACGAACAUACUCCUUCACCAGUGCUGUGAGCAGAGGGUGUGUGACAGAAGAGGAAAAUAAGAAUGUGAAAGCCGGGGCCCAGGCUAUGCUACAGGUAUUUCUGACAAAUGCUGCAAAUGUCUUUUUGCUGGAACCAUGUGCUGAAGUUCCCAUGCUCUUGAAAGAACAAGUUGAUGCUUGUAAAGCUGUUUUGAUUAUUUUUAGGCGCAUGAUAAUGGAGCUUACAAUGAAUAAAAAGACAUGGGAACAGAUGUUGCAAAUACUACUCAGGAUAACAGAAGCUGUCAUGCAGAAGCCAAAGGAUAAACAAAUAAAGGACUUAUUUGCCCAGAGCUUGGCAGGGUUACUGUUUAGGACGCUCAUUGUGGCUUGGAUCCGAGCAAACCUCUGUGUGUACAUUUCUCGAGAGCUCUGGGACGACUUCCUUGGUGUGCUGUCCUCUCUCACAGAGUGGGAGGAACUCAUAAACGAGUGGGCCAACAUCAUGGACUCCUUGACAGCUGUGCUUGCGAAAACUGUUUAUGGAGUUGAGAUGACAAACCUACCUCUGGACAAAUUAAGUGAACAAAAGGAAAAGAAACAACGAGGCAAAGGCUGUGUUCUAGAUUCUCAGAAAGGAACCACUGUGGGGAGAUCCUUUUCUCUUAGCUGGCGGAGCCACCCAGAUGUGACUGAGCCAAUGCGAUUUAGGAGUGCCACCACAUCUGGGGCACCAGGAGUUGAGAAAGCAAGAAAUAUCGUUCGCCAAAAAGCAACUGAAGUGGAAGAAUGUCAACAGUCAGAAAAUGCACCCGCAGUUGACUCCGGCUGCCUGGUGGCAGAGCAGCAGCAGCAGAUCUUUCGGAGCAGCAGCACUCCUGAUGUCACUGAGCUGCUGUGCUCAGAGUCUUCUCACGGUCAUAAGGUAGAAAAUGCACAGAAUUUGAGUUCUUCAGAGCCUAAGCCUUUUCAAGAGAAUAAAGGACAUGUGAAGAAUGAACAUGAAGGAAUAACAAUCUUAGUUCAAAGAAGCAGCAGCUCUGCUGAAUUGGAUUUAAAAGAUGAUUUGCAACAGACACAAGGAAGUGAAAGUGUCAGCAGUGACACAGCUCUGGGCUAUAACAGCGAGGCAGAGCUGUCCAUGAGCCCAUGGCAGACCUGUGAGGAGGAUGCAGAACUAAACACUCCUACAGAUGUUGUGGCUGACUCUGAUGCCCGCCAUUGGUUACAACUGAGUCCCACUGAUGCUUCAAACUUAACAGAUAGCAGCGAAUGCCUUGCAGAUGACUGUAGUAUAAUUGCUGGAGGGAACCUCACUGGUUGGCACGCAGACUCUGCCGCUGUGUUGUGGCGAAGAGUCUUGGGAAUCCUCGGAGAUGUAAAUAAUAUUCAGUCACCCAAAAUCCAUGCCAAAGUUUUUGGCUACCUAUAUGAACUCUGGUACAAACUAGCAAAGAUACGGGAUAAUCUAGCAAUAAGCCUGGAUAACCAAUCUUCUCCAUCUCCUCCGGUCUUGAUCCCACCACUCAGAAUGUUUGCAUCAUGGCUAUUUAAGGCGACAACAUUGCCAAAUGAAUAUAAGGAAGGCAAACUACAAGCCUACAAACUGAUCUGUGCCAUGAUGACCAGACGCCAGGAUGUUCUGCCAAACUCAGACUUCCUGGUGCAUUUUUACCUUGUGAUGCACCUGGGAUUAACCAGUGAGGAUCAGGAUAUCUUAAACACCAUUAUAAGGCACUGUCCACCCCGCUUCUUCUCCCUGGGUUUGCCUGGCUUUUCAAUGUUGGUGGGAGACUUCAUCACGGCUGCUGCCAGGGUCCUCGGUACAGACAUGCUGGCGGCACCUCGUUCAGAAGCUCUCACCAUUCUUGGUUCUCUUGUCUGCUUUCCAAAUACCUACCGGGAAAUCCCUUUGCUGCAGUCCAUGCCGAAAGUUAGUGAAGUCAUUACAGGAACCGAAGAUGUCAAGCAUUACCUCAUAAAUAUUUUACUGAAGAAUGCCACAGAGGAACCAAGUGAAUGUGCAAGAUGCAUUGCUGUUUGCUCCCUCGGGGUCUGGAUAUGUGAAGAACUCGCACAGUGUACAAGCCAUCCUCAACUGAAAGAGGCCAUUAAUGUGAUAGGUGUCACUUUGAAGUUUCCUAACAAAAUCGUGGCUCAGGCAGCUUGUGAUGUUCUUCAGUUGCUGGUUUCCUACUGGGAAAAGCUUCAGAUGUUUGAAACCUCUCUGCCUCUGAAAAUUGCAGAAAUACUUGUGGCCACAAUUGCUUUUCUUUUACCAAGUGCAGAGUACUCCUCAGUGGAAACAGAUAAGAAGUUUAUUGUGUCCUUGCUACUCUGCCUCUUGGACUGGUGCAUGGCAUUGCCAGUGAGCACCCUUCUCCACCCAGUGUCCACGGCAGCCCUGGAGGAGCAGCACCUAUCCAGAGCCCCCUUGCUGGAUUAUAUCUACAGGGUUCUACACUGCUGUGUUUGUGGCUCAAGCACAUAUACCCAACAGAGUAACUACACACUGACCCUGGCUGACCUGUCAUCCUCAGAUUAUGACCCCUUCCUGCCACUGGCAAAUGUGAAGAAUUCUGAGCCAGUCCAGUAUCAUUCAUCAGCAGAACUGGGCAACCUGCUUACUGUUGAAGAGGAGAGGAAGAGACGAAGUUUGGAGCUGAUUCCUCUAACUGCCAGAAUGGUAAUGGCCCACCUGGUGAAUCACCUGGGACACUUCCCCCUCCGAGGGGGCCCUGCUGUGCUGCACAGCCUGGUCAGCGAGAACCAUGACAACGUGCAUGCGGAAGCCUCUGAGCUUUCCUCCGAGGUGUUCAGGAGCCCAAACCUGCAGCUGUUUGUAUUUAAUGACAGCACUCUCAUCUCCUACCUUCAGACACCCACAGAAGGACUGGCAGGCGUAUCACCUGUGGCCGCCCUCUCUGAUGUGAGAGUAAUUGUGAGGGAUAUCUCAGGGAAGUACUCUUGGGAUGGGACAGUUUUAUAUGGACCUUUGGAAGGCUGCUUAGCACCCAAUAGCAGAAAUCCUUCAUUUCUGAUUUCAAGCUGGCAUCAUCAAACAUUUGGACCUCAGAGAGAUUUUUCUCAAACUGAGGAAGCAGAUGAUGUCCUCGACAAAUUACUUGAAAACAUUGGCCACACAAGUCCUGAAUGCCUUUUGCCAUCGCAGCUAAAUCUAAAUGAGCCUUCCCCACCCCCAUGUGGAAUGAAUGGUGACCAAGAGAAAGAAAUCAUUGAGGUCAUUUUGCGCCAGAAUGCGCAAGAAGAUGAGUAUGUUCAGAGGAGUAACUCUGAUUUGGCCAUGAGAGUCACCAACCAGGAGCAGCCGUCACCAGUGGAGCCCCGAGGACCCUUUUAUUUCUGCAGGCUGUUGCUUGAUGACUUGGGAAUGAAUUCUUGGGAUAGAAGAAAGAAUUUCCAUCUGUUGAAGAAAAAUUCAAAAUUAUUGAGAGAGCUAAAAAAUUUAGACUCCCGUCAGUGCCGUGAAACACACAAAAUUGCAGUGUUUUACAUUGCUGAAGGUCAAGAAGACAAGUGUUCAAUCCUCUCCAAUGAAAGAGGAAGCCAAGCAUAUGAAGACUUUGUUGCUGGACUUGGAUGGGAGGUGGAUCUCUCUACCCACUGUGGAUUCAUGGGUGGACUUCAGCGCAACGGCAGCACAGGGCAGACUGCCCCUUACUAUGCUACCUCAACCGUGGAAGUGAUUUUCCACGUUUCCACUCGGAUGCCGUCGGACUCAGAUGAUUCACUCACCAAAAAGCUUCGUCACUUGGGGAAUGACGAGGUCCACAUCGUCUGGUCUGAACACUCUAGGGACUACCGCAGGGGUAUUAUCCCAACCGCCUUCGGAGAUGUUUCAAUCAUUAUUUACCCAAUGAAGAAUCACAUGUUCUUUAUCGCGAUAACAAAGAAACCUGAGGUUCCGUUUUUUGGGCCUCUGUUUGAUGGAGCCAUAGUGAGUGGGAAGCUACUGCCAAGCCUAAUAUGUGCCACGUGCAUCAAUGCCAGCAGGGCCGUGAAGUGCCUCAUCCCACUCUACCAGAGCUUCUACGAAGAGCGAGCUCUGUAUCUCGAAGCAAUAAUUCAGAACCACCGCGAAGUAAUGACAUUUGAGGAUUUUGCAGCCCAAGUCUUUUCUCCCUCUCCCAGCUACUCCCUCAGUGGAACGGAUUAAAGUACGUAAAGGUCUCAUUGCAAUAUUUGAGCAAGGGCCGUGGCCACCAGCCUGAGUGCCUACCUCAUGGUGCCUCUUGGCAAGGAGGAGAUGAUUGAGACUCUCCAACUCUCCCCACCCCGAGCCUCCAAACCCAGAGACUCCAGAAACAUUGCUGCUCAGCUAGUGCUCUCAGCAAGCCUUCCUGUUAACGGACUUCCGAAGUUAAAGACAAAUCCCACCAGAAUGCUGCAAAUUGGACUCUUUCCAACUAGGUAGUGUCAUCUUGUCCUGAAACCUCAUAAACCUUGGCCUCAAAAGAAGAAAAGAAAAAGUCACCAACAACCGGAGAUAGGGCCACUGUCAUGUGGACGUUUGUGAGGCUGCUCCAGGCAGAGACAGCAGGAGAUUCUGGGCUUUCAGGGAGGGGGCACAGCGCAGCUGGUUUCUGUACCCCAAGUAGUUUCCUCUUGUUGAUAAACCCAAGCAUGAUUCACAGAGGGCUGGCAAAACAACCGUCAAAUUGAGGAAUUUUCUCUGCAUCGAUUUUGCUCAUUCUUAUGUUAGGAUUUAUGGUUUACUCAAAAAUUUCAUCAUCGUGGAAAUUGGCUUUCCCUAGGGUCUUUUGCCCAAGAGAAGUUUUUCCUCAGUUGCUGAGUGUUUUUCCACCUGGUGCCUGAUGCCCACUAUCUGGGGAGAGGUUUUCCUGACCGUCCUGGAGGUCCUCUGGGUCAUGACAGUGAUGCUUCUAUCGCAGAACACUCAGAUGUUUCUAGAAAUGCAGGGUUUUGUCCCUGUGAAAGCUCUGUAGGUCAGGAAGCUUUCAAGGCUCCGCCCAGCACAGCGCUGAGUCAACACAGGGGCACGUGCCCGCUCAGGUGCAUGAGACAGGCACCCCUGCGAUGUCCAUUUGCCUCCAAAAGUGUCAUCCUGCAACUAUGCUCACCUGCCUGCUGCCCACAAAGGACCACAGCAGGGACUUUAGAAAUAUUUCCCAUCUCACAGAGCUUUAAAGUAACAGAUUCAAAGCACGUUUUUGAUCAUACUUUUCACUUAUUUGGCUCUUAGGGGGACAUGAUGAACUUGUUUUUUUGUUUUUGUUUUUGUUUGUUUGUUUUAAGAGAAAAAAAACGAAAAGCUCUACCUUCUGCCAGCACUUGCCCAUCACUCUUGCUGGGGUUCUGCAGGUGUUAGAGAUAGAAUCAACAGAAAAGACCUGCUUCUCACUUAGAUCCUCGGCCUGUCUCAGAUCUAGAGCUUUGCCCCCUCACCCAGUGCAGGUUGUUUCAGAGCACACAGGUCCAGAGUAAGCCCCUGGCUCAGAACAGGGUGGGGCAGCUGCUAGCUGAGACCCCAGUCACAAGAAAGGUCGGCCAUGCAUGGGUGCUUUCCCGCCCUCAUCUGCCCUCUGCCUCUCUCCUCCGCACCCACCUGUGUUACCUGCAGCCUGUUUUGGUCACCUUCCCAGUGAACCCUCUGAGCCUACUCACCCCGUCAGAGAAGCUGUUUUCACUGACCAGUCAGUUCUUUCUGUCAGCCAUCAACUUGGUUUGGCUGGUACUUGACCUUUGAGGAGCAACGGGCAGACCCAGGAUUCUCUUUUGGGACAAGUGAGAUUCCUUUUUGGGACAAGUGAGAAAAGACUGAGAAAGUCUUUCCUAUUAGAAAGAUGGGUCUUCUAAUUCUAGAGAGAAUUUGUUUCUCUGCUUUAUAGAGGAUUGCAAGUAGGGCCCAAAUCCGCCCAGCAGAAGCAGUUUAAGCAUGAUCUGAAAGUAAGAGAACAAAGGAUUUUCCAGAUUUUCCAACAUAGAAGACAUAGCCGUAGGCAUUGGGGGCUGUCCUGUAAGUGAGGAUUUGCUCACUCAUUGGGGCUUAAUGGCAACAUAAAAGGUGACUGGAAGUCACAGCAUUUUGUUCUAUAAGCAAAUGCCACAAGUCUUAUCUUCCCUUCCCCGGGCACACAUCUUUUUAAUGACUUAGGCUUAGUGAUUGGUAUGGUUUGGCCCCUGUCACUGAGGCUUAAGACUGGUGUUGAGUUGCUUUGUUUCAUAUUUACAAAGUACCCAGGCCUCAUUUCUGCAUGUUCUUGGGCUCCGGAGUCCCACAGAGGCUCUGACAGGAAGUAGCUUCUAGGAGAACAUUUUAUCUUCAGGUUUUAGAAACUCCCAGUGCAGAAUUCUUGUAUUUAGUCAAAGUGUCAGGACUUGGAAUUCGUAUUGAACUUCUCUAGACUUCUGUUCCAUGAUUUCAUUUUGCCUCCAGGAAUCCGUCCUCCUGACCCUGCAGUGAGAAAUGCAGUUGUAAUUCAGACCUUCCUGUCAUCCCUAAUGAUUUUAAUAACUCUGUGACCCCAGAUUAUAGCCAGCGUUUUUGCUACUGGAGCUUUUGCUGAGCCGCUAUUCUUAGUACCAGCUUUGGUUUGGAAAUUUGGAAUGGGGUAGCAGGGAAUCUGGUGAACAGGUGCUUGCAAUCACAUGGACUUGAAUCGUUUUUGUUAUUUGGGGUGGAAAAUUGAAAUGAUGAGGUCUUUUUUUUUUUCACAUAGAAAAGUAAAUAUUGUGCUUUUGUAAUAAAUGCCUUUCAGCAGAAUUGCAGAGUGUCACUCAUCUGGUGGGGAUCCACCUGAGUCACAAUGCUGACUCAUCACAUUAGCAGGUCAGCCAUCUGUAAACAAAAGUGGCCCUAAUUGGCCCAAAAUGGAUAAGAGUCACUGGCUUCCAGGCAGAACCAGGCUGGUUCCCUCACUUCUCUGCACGCUGAUAUUCUGUAGUCUGAGUAGGUUUUUGUACUUAAAAAAAAUAGCAAUGCCACAAAAUGAUGACUUUUUAAAAAAUAGUAUAACCUUAAGCAGACAGAAGUCAGGAAAUUUAGCUUGGGUAAGUAGCUCACAGUGUCUUCAUACAGUUAAGGCUGCAGUUCCUAAGAGCCACAGGGACGGUGAGGGGAUUACGCCUUGACUCGGUGAGAGGGGCUGACUGAUGGGACCCUUAGCCUUACAAACGAGAUCACAUGGAUCCGUAGACUGCAGACAACGUCUUCCUGACCUUCCUCAGGUGCCACCACCUGUGCUUCAUUUACUGUUAUAUUUGUGUCAUCUGGGGAUGUGAGGGGUCCUUUAAAACCUACUGUGGUGUCUUAUAUGUACCUAUGCUACCUUUAUGUCUACUGAAUGGGAUUGUCUGCCUCUGAAGGGAAAUUCAGCAUAAGCGACCAUUGUUUUAGUUGCCUCAAUAUCUAUGUAUGACAUAUACAUUAAGUGAAUGUUUUAUGUUUUCAGGUCUACAAUAUUUAGUACAUGUAAAUAAGGUAAAAACUUGAUAAAUAUCAUAAUUAAGUUAUAGUGUGUCAUUAGAUUUUUAUUUUGCUCUUAUUUAAUUUUCCUAAUGCUCCACAUCUGGGUUUAUGCCUAGGUGAUAUAGACCUUUAUGUGUAACUCACCCUUGCAGGCAUGUGUAUUGUGCCAGGACACACUGCAGCAAAGACGUGCCACGCCCAGAAAAGCACACUGCUCCACAGAUGACCACCACUUGACUCCAGUUUAUCCUCUUUUUCUCUUUAAUUCUAACUUACUGUGAUGAUUUAAUAAAGUAGAAACACAGCACUUA